CAUAGGACUGUGAUGUUUGUUUUGAUUUGAAUUUCUACGGUUGUAGUGUAGUUUUGCAGUGCAGUUUUAAAUUAAUUGAUUUGUUGUGAUUUUACUCAAUCAGUGAUUACAAAGAUGGGUGUAGAUAUUAAAGACCCGUGGUUUCUAUCAAUUUCCGAACAAUUAGAUUCAUUUUGCGCCAAAGUAGAUGAAAAAAUCGAAAACGAGCAACGACAUUUAAAUGCUUGCAAGAAGAAGACAGAGUUGGAGACCAAUUUGGCUCAUGAAAUUAAGUUGAAUUCAGAGUUGACAGCCCGUCUGGCAGAACUGUCAAGAAGAGGCGGGGAGCUUGACAGGGUGUGUGCUGCAUUUGAAUCCAAGUUGUCCAUAGCUGACAGUGAUCAGAACAGACUGCAAAAUGCAAAGGAAAUGUAUCAAAUAGCCAAAGAAUUGACCGGUAUACGCUUUGAUUUCGUCGCGCCGCCAAAUGUCGCGAAAGGGUAUAUUAAGAACUCUGCCCGCAAAAUUUUGAAGCCCUUUUCCAUAGACACGAAGACGGAAGACAGCGAAGCUCUCUGGUCUCUGCUACAGUGCACGGACAAAGAAAAUAUUCCGCAUAAUUGAAAAAUAAUAAAAAAUAAUAGUUUUUUUUAUA